AUGGUGAGUCAUUUUAUCUCCGGUGUGGUUGUGUGUGCGACAGGUGUUACAUUCUGUGUUGCAGAAGCUUCAGUCGUGACAUCUGUUUUCCUGCUCUGCCUCCUGGUGGGCUCCUCCCUCGCCGGGGAUUACGGCAGCCGAACGUCCGGCCGAACGGGGUCCAGAGGAAACAAUUUCCGAAGAAAUGGUGCUUUCAACGAAAACAAUGACAGAGAUAGAAUCUUCGGUGGAUCUUACCGACGCAACGAUAAUUUCGAUAGGUUCAGCGAUGACUACUAUGAUAACUCUGACAGGUUCAACGACAGAAAUAACAGACGCAAUAACGACUUCGACCGAUUCGAUGAUGGAUUUCGAGGCCGCACGAGAGGCUCCAACGACGGGUAUGACAGAAACAAUGACAGACGGGAUUAUAACUUCGAUAGAUUUAACGACCGGAACAACCGCCGGUUUGACGGGUUCAACGACAGAUACAAUGAUAAUGAUCGGUUUGACAGAUUUGACAACGGAUACAGCGGCCGAACCAACAGAUUCGAUAACCGUUCCAACAACAGAUUCGAUAACCGUUCCAACAACAGAUACAACGGAAACAGGAAUACUUUUGACAGGUCUGAUAACAACUAUAACGGUCAAACAGGCUCUUUCAACCGUCGAUCCGAUCGAUUUGACGGCUAUAAUUCUGGAAGUUUCCGUUCCGGCAGCAAUUAUUCAGGCAAUAACCGGAACUUCGGUUCUAAUAGGAAUAACAACAACAAUUUUGGCGGUUCUCUCAGCGGCGGGUACCUUCCUCCUGCCGGAAAAUAG